CACACUUUGUUCAAUUAUUUUUAUUCCCAUCACUACAUCAGUAUAUACCUUAUCCCUCAUCAAAUGUGUUUAAAACACUAUUAACAUACUUACCUCCUCUAUGUUGCGUUACAAGCAGCUGCCGAUAAAAGUGAAAGCACAUUUCAAGAUGCAAAAUAGGAUGGCGUGCGCGUUCGCGGAGCUCCUGCGCUGCGGCAGUUGCCAGGGGAGAUAGGAGGGGAGGGGUUUUUAUUGGCUGAAGUGGGUCUGUUGCCAUGACGACGGCAAGGGGUUUGGUAGCGUUGCCGUGCGCUGUGUGAUCUGCGCGCUGCGUGUAUGGAGGAAGCAGCUGCUGAUCUGAUCUCUGACAUUGUGUGAGACAGACAUCUGAAUAAACUGCGCACGGACGUGUCUUUAACCGUAACGCACCGAGGCACGCCGUGCAUGAUUACCUCUUCGAAUUAAUGGGUCCAAUCAUUGGGAUGUCACCAGAUAAGAAAACGGAAAUUCCGGGUAUGCAAGAGGAGCGGACAGGGCUCAAAGGUGUUUGUGGUGUGGGGACACUUCCUGAGGCAGAGUGUGCGUCCAGUCCGCUGGCGACCAGUGUGGAUCGUACUGGAGGCACUGAGGACGAGGAGCUCACCAACCUCAACUGGCUCCAUGAGAACCUGCUUCAGAACUUCACUUUGGGAGGUCCGGAAGCUCAGCCCAGUGGCAGUCCCCUGUUUGACAUAGAAGGAGACUACGGGUCCAACCAGGGCCCGUCGUCCUCGUCCUCGUCUUCGCCACACAGCCGAGGCAGGGAGCGGGACUCGUUGAAGUCCAAGCCCCCUUUCUCGUUUUCUCUCCUCAUCUACAUGGCCAUCGAGCAGUCUCCCAGCAAAUCUUUGCCUGUUAAAGAAAUCUAUGGCUGGAUUCUCGAGCACUUCCCUUAUUUCUCCAAUGCUCCCACUGGCUGGAAGAACUCCGUUCGUCACAACUUGUCCCUGAACAAAUGCUUCCGCAAGGUCGAGAGAAGUUUGGGAAAGGCCAAUGGAAAAGGUUCUCUUUGGUGUGUUGACCCUGAGUACCGCCCCAACCUGAUCCAAGCCCUUAAGAAGCAGCACUUCCCUGCCGCACAUGCCUUCUGCACACCACCCGCCUCCCCACCCAGUGCCUCCUCACCUCCUCGCCAUCUCUUUCUACAAGGCUGCUCAUUCAAAGAGUCUGACAUUGAUGCUGCCACUGCCAUGAUGCUCUUAAACUCUGCCCCCGGGCACCACGUUGACCCAUGCAAUUCUGACAGCCCGCUGGACCUCUCCCGACCCGACUCUGUCCUGGUGAGCAGUGAUCCAAAGCAGGACCACAACUACAGCAGCGUAGCCCUGCAGCGCUGCUCCUCCCGCUCCUCCUCUUCAUCUCUCUCCUCCCUGGACGAAGGAGGCUGUGACCGCAGGCAGUCCCACCGCGCCGGCAGCGAGGGUUUCCACAGCGAUGAGGACUCUGACCUCUGGGACGAGAGGGGCGUCCACCAGACUUCUCGACGUCCGCCCGCCAUCAAGUGGCCCGCCGGUAAGAGGGCGCGACGUGAGGUCAAGCCAGAGCUGGAUGAGGAGCUAAAGGAAGCCGCUGGCUCCUUGCUGCACCUUGCUGGUAUACGCAGCUGCACAGAGGGCUCCAAACGCACUGUCAAGAGCACAAAACUUAACAGGAAAUGAAGAUUAUUUUUGCCCCCACCCACCCCACCACCACAACUAGACUCCGGACCCUGUGAACCCUAACCUAUGACCCCCGAUCGUGUGUCCCAGUGUGCCUCCUUCUCCUUACCUGAUCGUUCAUUGGCCAUUUUGAGCCUUUUUUGUUCGGGAUCAUCCCUGUCCAACAAAACAAAUGGCAAUAGUAUCGUUCACACAGGAGAACAAAGCCAUAUAGAGACUUUUGUAACUCGGGGGUGACUGCUGGGGCUGGGUUUGGGCUAUGGAGAACCAUCAAGAAACCUAUCCAAAAUGACCUGCCUGCUUCUAUGGGAUUAGAAGAUUGUGAUUCAAGAAUUUUAUUCUGAAAGACAAAACAGGAAAAGCUGAAGGUUUUAUAACUCAAAGCGUUGCAUGCUUCCUCCUCAAACCUGUAUCCUCUUCCAAGUGAAGCUAUUUAUGAAGCGAAUGACUGCAUGUUUGUAACAGACAAAACCUAACCUCCUGGUGUUAUCAGUUUAUCCUUUUAGUGCUAAAGAAAAAAAACAAAUAGCCACUGUUUUGAAUGGAAUUCUUGCUCCAGGAGUCCUCUUGUAAGAGAGAUGCAAUAAUUAAUCCACAACCUUAACUUUUUUUUAAACUUUAUUUCACGGUGGCAUUUUUCAGAGUUGAGUAUGCUAGUUAAACUUUACAAUUAAGAGAAUGAAUGGAGUAGUACCAUGAUCUUGUUAUGCGAUAAACUUCUUACACAUGAGCUCUGGCUCUAUUUCAGGAUUAGCAAGAUGUGGAAAUAGUAUUACUCUCCCACUGCCAAAUUUAGUUGCAAAGUUAGCUAAACUACUUCGCUAAGUCUUGUGCGGCCAUUACAGUCCUAUACAAAUGAAAGCUGUUUUCAUCUUCUUCUUUUUUACAAAUCCACUGCUCAUUCUGUCAAUCCCUUUCAUUCAUCAGUGUGUUUUUGACAAUUAUUGUGCAGACAUACAAUAUAUUCACAUUUGGUGACAGCCUAUGCAAAGUGAACAUCUGCCACCCACUGCCAGAUGUUCACUGUGUGUUCAUAGGUUAUCCCCCAUAGAUUUUAUUUUUUAUUUUGUGUGUGUGUGUGUGUAUCAUAGUGUGUAUCAUGUCGAUUUCAGCCGAAAAGCUUAGAUGACUUUCAAGAAAGAAAAGAGUUUGACACUCUCAAACAUGUUUCUUCUUCUGACAAAGUAGUCCUACUGUUCCAAUGAAUGGGAUUGGUGUAAUGACGGAUCUCCCUGCUACAGCUGUGUUGUAGGGCUGCUUGGUACUCUGGUUGCUUCUGGUCCUUCUCAACGCAGAGCUGGUCAAUAGUGAGAAACAGGAGCGGACUAUAAAUUACCACAGCUUCUCGCUCCAUUAUUUGGAUUUUCAGUUUGAUUACACCACCAUGUGUUCUCCUUGUCUUGUUUUUUUAACCAUGUACUUUAGAUAAAUACAAAAUUAUACAGCAUAUUUUCUGUUUGCUGAUCCUGUGGCAAAGCUCAUUCUCAACUUGAGGGAGGGUAUGUCUGUUCUGGUUUAAAUAACUGAAAGGUGCGGAUCAUAAUGCUUAUUCAAGUAUAAAGAACAAGAAGGGAACAAUGUAGUCCUGGCUAGAUAGAACUGGACUUUGUGUGUGCAGUCACUCGCAGGCGAGAUGUUGAAGACCUGUGCUGCUCUCAAGUUGUGCCUUCAGUUCUUGCUGGCCCACAAGUGUUUUGUCCUUGCUCUUCCUCUUAGAACAAAAUAAGGAAGUGCACACUCUCUUCUCAAGCUGUGAAAUGGAGUGUUUAUUGUCAGUUGAUUGCAUGCAGUUCGCUGAGGGGAAGUUGCUUGUGUAAAAGGCCACAAUUGUCAUUUGAGCUUUUAAAAAGGCUGCAAACACGCAGUGUACAAUACAAGGUAGCAUGGAAGCCCACGAGGGCAACACACUGAAAAUUCCAUUUUUUUUUCCUCCCACAGUACCAGAUCACGUUGUCACAGUGAUUGUUAGUAUAGUAUGCAUGGUCAGUGCCAAACAUUUUCUCGUGCCACUGAUGUGUAACUGCAAAGCACCAUGGUCACUAUAUUCCCCUGCUGCCACAAUGCAGUUAUGAUUAAAAGUAACAAUGCCCUAGUUUUCUGAAUCAUCCGAACAGGAAAUGGGAGAGGCCUUUGGUCAGCACAGUGACUUAACCAACCGUUUGGUGUAUUUUUGUCACUUUAGAGUGGGAACUGCUCUAAGCAGAGUAAACUGCAGUUCUCAUAAGUAAUACUUGCAUACACUGGUCUUGUUUAGCUGUGAAAAAAAGAACAAGCUAUUGUUCAUUAAUCAUCACCUUAUUUAUGACAUUAAUUUAUGGGCUUAUUGAAUGCUUAAUCUAUCAAACACUGGUCAUUUGAAACAAGUGACUAGGCACAUUAAUUUUCUCCCUCUGUGAGUUCCUCUUAAGUAUUUUGUUUAUCUCCUCAUUCUAUUUUUUCAGCAAUACACCUUUUUUUUCUUUCACUAUCUUAUAGUGAUUAAGUAUUUUGCCAAUGUCUAUUGUCUUUAGAACGGGUUUUUUUCUUUCUUUCUUUCUUCAAUUUAACCAUGACUGCCAGGGUUUCUUGAUGUUUUUGUUUUGCUUUUUUGGCUGGGUAGUUUAACAUUGAUCCUGAAACCUUUUGUUGCCAAAAUUGAUGUACAGCCGGGGUUAAACAUUUAAGAUGGACACAAUCCCCAUGUACUGUAGAAGUUCUUUACAAGAUGAUUGAAUUGUCUGUUUUUUUUACAUUUGUCUCAUGUUUAUGUUUAGAUGUUAUGACUAAGUAGUCACAAAAUGAAGAUAAGCUCUCAAUCUUAUCGCAGAUUAGAAUCUGAAAAAAAAAUUACUGCCACUCAUAACUCAUGCUUCCAGGUAUUUUUAUGGGAUGUGGAAAUGUUUAGAAUAUCAGAAACUGGAUCAGACUCACUAAGUUCCCAGGCUGCUGCUGUGUAGUUUCAGACCUGCAUUUAAGUAUAGAGACACAACUGCAGAGCAAUUAAUGGAGAGACUUCUAGACUUUUUUUGUAGCACUUCCAAAAGAAGUUGGUCUCAAAGUGACGGAGUCCGAUCUGUGGAUGAGCUACUAAACAUUUUGGGAUCCAACUCAAAACCUAGUUGCUUCAUUGCUCAACAGCUGUUAUUGAAUAUUGAUUAUGUGAUUCUCAAAAUUCUGUUUCAGUUCCUAAGGGUAUGAUGAACAUUUUGUUGCAUUUGACAAAGCUGCCAACCCAGUAUCAGUUUGUGUCAGUUGUUUGCCAUGUCUAUUGGACCGACACACCUUUUGGUUUUGUAUGCUAACCUCUGUUGAUAAAAUGUUUAUAAGAUUUAUUUUCGCCAAAGAUAUGCAAUUGCAUUAUAUAUGGUAUUACAAAAUAUUAAUAAAAACCUGUUCUUGUUA